GUGUACAGCCUGUAUUCGCAGCCCUACUUACAACGCACGAAAUAAGAAUAGUUCACUUCAAAGAGCUAAAAUCUAAUCUUCGUGUCUACGCGUUAACUUAUAUCGUUGGAAAGUCGAGUGAAAAUCGCCUCGGGCGAAACUUGUUUUGACGGCCGACGUCGACUUGCCAUAACAUGAUAAUUAUACUAACUAGAGAUAACGUCAGCAGGGUCAGAUAAUUGAGAAGAUAUCACGCCGUAGUUACGACUGAAUUAAAAACCUAGAAUUGUCAACGAGUUGGAAAUAACGUCAAGUAAAAUAUAAGUACCAAGUUUCUUCGUUCUGUGAUUCAGUUAUCGUAAUGCAGUUGAGCCUGACGUUACUGUCUCUGGCCGCAUUUGCGGUUGCAACUAAAAAUCCUCAUUUCUCAAACGGUCGCGAUGUCAUCGUGCAUCUCUUCGAGUGGAAGUGGAGCGAUAUUGCCGAUGAAUGCGAAAGAUUCCUCGCACUGAAAGGAUACGGAGGUGUCCAGGUCGGAUUUCUGGUCUCGCCCCCGAACGAAAACUUGGUAAUAAAAAACAGGCCUUGGUGGGAACGCUACCAGCCGGUUUCUUAUAAGCUGGUUACCAGAUCCGGUGACGAAGCAGCUUUUAGGAACAUGGUGACACGCUGCAACAACGCGGGUGUCAGGAUCUAUGUUGACGCCGUCAUCAACCACAUGUCCUCGAUUGCAGAGGAUGGGUCAUACGGCACUGCUGGAUCCCAGGUCUUCUACUCUAAUCAAUCGUGGCCCGCGGUUCCCUACAAUUCGGCCGACUUCCAUGCGGACUGCGUCGUCACGAACUACAAUGAUGCUGCUAACGUCCGGAACUGCAAAUUAGUUGGCCUUGCGGAUCUCAACCACGCAACAGAAUGGGUCCGCGAAAAGAUCGUGGAGUACAUGAACCACCUGAUAGAUAUUGGCGUAGCUGGUUUCCGUAUCGACGCGGCAAAGCACAUGUGGCCGAGAGAUUUGGAAAUCAUUGUCAAACGCCUUAAGAAUCUCAAUACAGACCAGGGCUUCGCGCCGAAUAGUCGCCCCUUCAUCUAUCAGGAGGUCAUUUAUCUGGGACAUGAAGCGACCAAUGUGUCGGAGUACACAGGCAUUGGUAGAAUUACUGAAUUCAAGUAUGGUUUGGAACUGGAUCGCUGCUUCAGAGGAAACAACGCUCUUAAGUGGCUGACCAGCUGGGGUGAAGCUUGGGGUCUCCUCACAUCCAGUGAUGCUCUAGUGUUCAUCGACAAUCAUGACAACCAGCGUGGUCACGGUGGUGGUGGAAGUAUUCUCACGCACAAAACCUCCAAACCGUACAAGAUGGCAACUGCCUUUAUGUUAGCCCACCCUUACGGAAUCACCAAAAUCAUGAGCUCGUUUGCGUUCGACAACAGUGACGCCGGUCCACCCGCCGACUCCAAUGGCAACAUAACCUCACCGAUGAUCAAUUCUGAUGAUACCUGCGGAAACGGAUGGGUCUGCGAGCACCGUUGGCGACAGAUCUACAACAUGGUUGGAUUCCGUAAUGCGGUCAAGGGUACUGGAGUAAAGAACUGGUGGGACAAUAACAACAAUCAAAUUGCAUUUUCUCGCGGAAGUGCCGGUUUCGUUGCAUUCAAUUUAGACAGGCAGGACUUGAAGCAGACCCUCCAGUCUGGCCUUCCGGCUGGUACCUAUUGUGACGUAAUAUCCGGUAGCUUGAAGGACGGUAGAUGUACAGGAAAAAUUAUAACCGUGAACAGCGACGGUACCGCUUACAUCGAGAUAUUGAACUCCGAGGAAGACGGUGUACUCGCUAUCCAUGUAAAUGCGAAACUGUAGCAAGCUCAAUUGGAUGCCAAUCACGAUUGUCAAUAUCCGGCAGAAAAGUUCAAUUCGAACAGACUGAAAUAAUGAUAUCAUAUAAAGUUUCCAUCCGGUAUCGAAAACUAAGGACCUAUAUUUUCUGUAUCAAUUCCUCAGUUUCGUGACUCAUAAAUUAAUUGUUCAUUCAUUCACCCGAUUCACGACGAUUGCAAAACAUUUUUUUUUUUUUGCGAGUAAAAACUCGGUUAAAGUUUCGCCACAAACAUAUUCGGAACUAUACGAAAUCUUUAUGUCGAAAAGAAGAACGUAGUUAGUGCCGUUAUUUUAUCGUACUAUCGUGCACGGUUUUGCAGAGCCAAUUUUUCUCAACAAUGAACAAACAAGAAAGACCUUGAUCAUUAUUAUCAUUGCAAUUCCAUCAGAUACGUUAGUUGUUUUCCGAGUCCUAGACAAUAUCCGAUAAAAAUGUGACUGAUCUAGCCACGGCUGUAUAAAUAUGUGACCAGUUGCAGUACGUUAAUGAAUUUUAUUAUCUCUUGAGAGAAACACUCCGAGUUUUGAUGUAACCACUAUUAAAAUACCAUGAUUAUAA